CUUAGAGGCGGGGUUUCCAAGGAAUAGCACGUUGUGUGUUAGGUUGUUAGAAAGUUAAUGGCUGGGGGGGAAGAGAACCUCUUCUCUUCUCGCUUCGGGAGAGUUUAGGGUUUUCUGAAGUGAAAAUACCGCGGCCGAAAGGCAAAUAAUAACCUGAAGGAAGUGUAAGACAGUUAUACCCAAACAGCUGUAAUAUUUAGAUAAGUAUGCAGGAUGCAGUAGCCGGGACGGCAAUGUUGACUGACGGCUUCGAGGACGAGAUCGACUCGGUGACUCCGCGCUCCCCUGCGGUGGGGAUGGGGGUAGGAGCCGCACCGGGAGCAGGACUCGGGGGCAUGGGCAUCGGCGGGAAGAAAGUCCGCUUAUUCGGCGAAUCGACAGGGCCAGGUGCGGACCGACUGGACUUUAAGCUAGCCGCGGCCGCUGUGCUCUCCUCGGGUCCUGGAUCCGGCAGCGACGAGGACGAGGUGUCGGAGGUGGAAUCUUUCAUCUUGGACCAGGAGGACCUGGACAACCCCAUGCUUAAGACGGCAUCAGAGCUGCUUCUGUCCAGUGCCACAGAUGGUGUGGACCUGCGCACGGUGGACCCGGAGACACAGGCACGCCUUGAGGCUCUGCUGGAGGCUGCAGGCAUCGGUAAACUGUCCACUGCGGACGGUAAAGCCUUCGCAGAUCCUGAGGUGCUGCGUCGCCUGACGUCAUCGGUGAGCUGCGCGCUGGACGAGGCCGCCGCCGCCCUCACGCGCAUGAGGGCUGAGAACACGCUGCACCCCGGCCAGGCUGACAAUCUGGUUAUUUUUAGCCGUAGCUUGGCGGAGGCCUGCUCUGACGGGGAUGUCAAUGCCGUGCGGAAGCUGUUGGAUGAGGGCCGUAGCGUCAAUGAGCACACGGAGGAGGGCGAGAGCUUGCUGUGUCUGGCCUGCUCCGCGGGCUACUAUGAGCUGGCGCAGGUCCUGCUGGCCAUGCACGCCAAUGUGGAGGACCGUGGCAUCAAGGGAGAUAUAACUCCACUGAUGGCAGCUGCCAGCGGCGGCUAUGUGGACAUCGUGAAGCUGCUGCUUGUGCACGGGGCUGAUGUCAAUGCACAGUCAUCUACUGGUAACACGGCGCUGACUUAUGCGUGCGCCGGUGGCUUCGUUGAUGUGGUGAAGGUGCUCCUGAAGGAAGGUGCCAACAUUGAGGACCAUAACGAGAAUGGGCACACACCGCUGAUGGAGGCAGCCAGUGCCGGCCACGUGGAGGUGGCCCGUGUGUUACUUGAGUACGGCGCUGGCAUCAACACGCACUCCAACGAGUUCAAGGAGAGCGCGCUUACCCUGGCCUGUUAUAAAGGGCACUUAGACAUGGUGCGCUUUUUACUGGAUGCCGGCGCCGACCAGGAGCACAAGACGGACGAGAUGCACACAGCUCUGAUGGAGGCCUGCAUGUCCCAGGAUGGGCACGUGGAGGUGGCACGGCUGCUCCUGGACAGCGGGGCACAGGUGAACAUGCCGGCGGACUCAUUUGAGUCACCAUUGACACUGGCGGCCUGCGGGGGCCACGUGGAACUGGCCGCCCUGCUCAUCGAGCGCGGGGCGAACCUGGAGGAGGUCAACGAUGAGGGCUACACUCCGCUGAUGGAGGCAGCCCGCGAGGGCCACGAGGAGAUGGUGGCGCUACUGUUGGCGCAGGGUGCCAACAUCAACGCCCAGACGGAGGAGACGCAGGAGACGGCGCUGACGCUGGCCUGUUGCGGGGGCUUCCUGGAGGUGGCCGACUUCCUCAUCAAGGCCGGCGCUGAUAUCGAGCUUGGCUGCUCCACGCCGCUCAUGGAGGCCGCACAGGAGGGCCACCUGGAGCUCGUCAAGUACCUCCUGGCUGCUGGUGCGAAUUACCAUGCCACGACAGCCACGGGGGACACGGCGCUGACAUAUGCCUGUGAGAAUGGCCACACGGAUGUGGCCGAUGUGCUGCUGCAGGCCGGGGCUGACCUGGAACACGAGUCAGAGGGAGGCAGGACCCCCCUGAUGAAGGCUGCCAGAGCGGGCCACCUCUGCACUGUGCAGUUUCUCAUCAGCAAAGGUGCUAACGUGAACCGAGCCACGGGCAACAAUGAUCACACGGUGGUGUCGCUGGCCUGCGCGGGGGGCCACCUGGCCGUCGUCGAGCUGCUCCUGGCCCACGGGGCCGACCCCACACACAGACUGAAGGAUGGCUCCACCAUGCUCAUCGAAGCUGCUAAGGGUGGCCACACCAACGUGGUGUCCUACCUGCUGGACUACCCAAACAACAUCCUCUCUGUCCCCACGCCUGACCUCUCCCAGCUCACCCCCCCCUCUCACGACACCUCUCAGGUGCCCCGUGUCCCGUUCCAAGCCCUGCCCAUGGUGGUUCCCCCCCAGGAACCAGACAGGGUGCCCUCCAACAUCGUGACCCCCCCCCUUGUCUUGAGCAAAGGUGUAUCUAAACAAAGGCAGAGCCCCCUGCAGGUGGGCCCCGGUAGCGGGGGGCGGCCGGAUGCGGAUGCACUGCUCCCCUUUCACCCGUACCAGCCGCUGGAGUGCAUCGUGGAGGAGACUGAGGGCAAGCUGAACGAGCUGGGCCAGCGCAUCAGUGCCAUUGAAAAGGCCCAGAUGCAGUCACUGGAGCUCAUCCAGGGCGAGCAGCUCACCAAAGACAAGAUUGAGGAGUUGAAGAAGAGCCGUGAAGAGCAGGUGCAGAAGAAGAAGAAGAUCCUCAAGGAGCUGCAGAAGGUGGAGCGCCAGCUGCAGCUCAAGACGCAGCAGCAACUCACCAAAGAGUACAUGGAGGCCAAGGGCCUGAAGGAGGAGCCAGGCCAGGCAGUGGGCCCCCCCUGUGGCAGCAUCCUCCUGCAGCCUGCGGCACCGGGCUCCGACACCGACGAAGAGGGCGCCUGCGAGCCACAAGCCAGCCAGCAGUCGCCCACGGAGGAGGACGAGGAAGACGAGGACGGCUAUGCAAAGCUGCCGCAGGUGGACACCUUACUGUGCAGGGAUGCGCAGGCCCUGUCGCAGGUGGACACCUUACUGUGCAGGGACGCGCAGGCCCUGUCGCAGGUGGACACCUUACUGUGCAGGGACGCGCAGGCCCUGUCGCAGGUGCAGCAGGCACAUGCCCCCCACCUUCCCCCACUUCAGGCUGCUUUCAUGCCCAUCCAGCCGCUUCCCGCUCAGCAGUCCACUGACUUCAACGCCAGCGACUACCACAGCAGCGCCAGCCCCGACCUGCAAAGGGUGCUGUUGAGUCAGCAGGUGCCAGGCCAGCCGCUGUCUGGCUUGGGUCACGGCCUCCUCACCCAGGUGCCCGACGGCCUCAUGGUGGCCACGCCCGCACAGACGCUUACUGACACACUGGAUGGCAUAAUGGCAGCUGUGAGCAGCAGAGUGCCUAUGCUGAGCACUGCCACCUCGCCUACGCCCCAGCCCCCGCCCCCCACGCAGGCACCCAGUGGCUCCGUGUCUCCACCAUCUAUGCUGCCCAUCUACCCGUCCGUGGACAUCGACGCACACACGGAGAGCAAUCACGACACGGCGCUGACCCUGGCAUGUGCUGGGGGCCACGAAGAGCUGGUGUCAGUGCUGAUUGCACGUGGGGCCAACAUCGAGCAUCGGGACAAGAAGGGCUUCACCCCCUUGAUCCUGGCUGCCACAGCUGGGCACGUGGGUGUCGUGGAAGUCCUGCUCGAUAAAGGGGGAGACAUUGAGGCCCAGUCGGAGAGAACCAAAGACACUCCGCUUUCCCUGGCUUGCUCUGGGGGCCGGCAGGAGGUGGUGGAACUGCUGCUGCUGCGUGGGGCCAAUAAGGAGCACCGCAACGUUUCGGACUACACCCCCCUGAGCCUGGCUGCCUCUGGGGGCUACGUCAACAUCAUCAAGAUCCUCCUCAACGCUGGCGCCGAGAUCAACUCCAGGACUGGUAGCAAGCUGGGGAUCUCCCCGCUGAUGCUGGCGGCCAUGAAUGGCCAUGUUCCUGCGGUCAAGCUGCUGCUGGACAUGGGCUCAGACAUCAACGCGCAAAUUGAGACCAACCGCAACACGGCAUUGACUCUGGCCUGCUUCCAGGGCCGGGCCGAGGUGGUCAGCCUGCUGCUGGAUCGCAAGGCCAACGUGGAGCACCGUGCCAAGACUGGGCUGACGCCGCUGAUGGAGGCUGCUUCCGGAGGCUAUGCCGAGGUGGGCCGCGUGCUGCUCGAUAAAGGGGCCGAUGUCAACGCGCCCCCUGUCCCCUCUUCUCGGGACACUGCCCUCACCAUCGCUGCUGACAAGGGUCACUACAAAUUUUGUGAGCUCCUCAUUAACAGAGGGGCCCACAUUGAUGUGCGAAACAAGAAGGGGAACACACCUCUGUGGCUGGCAGCGAAUGGCGGCCAUUUUGACGUGGUGCAGCUCCUGGUGCAGGCGGGUGCCGAUGUGGACGCUGCCGACAACCGCAAGAUCACGCCGCUGAUGGCUGCAUUCCGCAAGGGUCAUGUGAAGGUCGCACAGUACCUGGUGAAGGAAGUCAGUCAGUUUCCCUCUGACAUUGAGUGCAUGAGAUACAUUGCCACAAUUGUUGAUAAGGAUCUGUUGAAGAAGUGUCACCAGUGCAUGGAUACCAUCGUCAAGGCCAAAGACCACCAGGCAGCCGAGGCCAACAAGAACGCCAGCAUCCUGCUCAAGGAGCUAGAUAUGGAGAAGUCCCGAGAAGAGAGCAAGAAGCAGGCUCUUGCAGCGAAGAGGGAGAAACGGAAGGAGAAACGCAAGAAGAAGAAGGAGGAGCAGAAGAGGAAGCUGGAGGUGGAGGAGAUUAAGGUCAAGGAGGAGUUCUUGGACAUGCAGGACCAUGAGAAGGACUCUACUGAAGAGCCAGAGAUUCCCAUAGAACCCCCAAGCGCCACCACUACCACCACCAUCGGCAUUCCCGCAACCUCAGCCACCUUCACCUCAGCCUUUGGCAAGAAACGCGCCAACGCAGUCACCACGCCCAGCGUCAACCGUAAGAGCAAGAAAAACAAGACCAAGGACACACCCAGUGAGCCCAUUAUACUCCAGGACCCCCAAGUGGCGCUAGCACAGCAGAAGGCCGAUCGGAACAAGAUUCACGGGGAGCCACGGGGUGGUGGGGUGCCCGGCGGCAACAGUGACUCCGACAACCUGGACAGCACCGAUUGCAACAGUGAGAGCAGUAGUGGCAGCAAGUGUCACGAGCUUGGCUAUCUGCCUGACCUGCCAUCCUCAUCCUCCUCGUCAUCAUCGUCCUCCUCAGUCCCCUCAGGCCCAGCUUUCACUCCCUCUGCCCCUGAGAGAAGGCAAGGCCCCCCACUGCACAGCCUUCGUGAAGAGAAGGUCACAGUGUCCGUUACCAAACCCCAACACAAAAUGCAAGACAGCAUAAAUGACUUGACUCCAAACAUCCCCUCCACAUUCAAGACCAUUUCACUGCCGGUGUCCUCACCCAACAGCAAGAUCAACCUGACUAGCCCCAAAAGGGGCCAGAAAAGAGAGGAGGGAUGGAAGGAGGUGGUGCGGAGGUCCAAGAAGCUGUCAGUCCCUGCCUCGGUUGUCUCACGGAUCAUGGGCCGAGGUGGUUGCAACAUCACUGCCAUCCAGGAUGUGACGGGUGCCCAUAUCGACGUGGACAAGCAGAAGGACAAGAAUGGGGAGAGGAUGAUCACCAUAAGGGGUGGGACUGAGUCCACGCGGCAUGCUGUGCAGCUCAUCAAUGCCCUGAUCCAGGACCCUGCUAAGGAGCUGGAAGACCUGAUCCCCCGUAAUCAUAUCCGAGUCCCAGGAACCAACAGCAAGGUCGGCUCUGGUUUUAGCGCCUCUAUCGGUAUGGCCGGUACCUCUACAUCCAUCCCCAAGAGCCUUGCAUCCAUGGGCUCAUCAACGGCUACAUCGUUCCCACCUUCUUCGUCAUCUACGCUGCAGCCUAAUGGGAAGCUGGGAAAGGGCUUGUCAUCAGGGGUGAGGCCCCCAUUCCCCGUCUCGCUACCCCUGGCAUAUGCUCACCCGCAGCUCGCCCUACUGGCCGCUCAAACUAUGCACCAGAUCCGACACCCACGUCUGCCCAUUCCCCAGUUCGGUGGCUCCUUUUCCCCAGCACCCAACACCUGGGGCCCCUUUCCAGUGCGACCCGUGAGCCCAGGCAGUGCUAACAGUUCUCCUAAACACAAAGGGAACCCAACCCCGAGGACUGGUGCCACCCACGAGUUUGCGGCCCCUGGCAGCAAUGCUACCACACGGACCACAACCACGUCCACGCCAUGCUCUAGUACCACACUGGCUCAACCUAAUGCACCCACGUCUUCUUCAGUAAGGAAGCAGCUGUUCGCCUCUGAGCCCAAGACAGGGAAUGUCAUCCCUCCUGGCGCUAACAGUGCCUGCACUGUGAGAGCCAUAGGGACCGCUGGCCAGCCACAUUGCGCUGCUCCUGUCACGCCUUCCAGCCCUCCCCCACCCCCUCCCAUUGGACCACCUGCACAGCAGCAAGUCCUGGGCCCACGGGCUGAGCCAUGCCCCCCCACAGCCACCCCCAGCAAGGAGAGGCACUUCCUGGACCCACAUGCACCUGUGUCCAGCAGUGUCACCUCCACCGGCUCCCUGCCUUUUCCUGCUUCUCCUUCGGCCCUGAAUCUGCAACUAGAGUCCCGGCAGCAGCCCCCGUUCCCCCCAACUGCAGAUCUAUUACCUGCCGGGGUCCAGCCUGGCUCCACCCUCCCCUCGUCCUGCCCCACCCCCACCUGUGCCAGCACCAUCACAGUUACGAGUAACACCUUACCUCAGUUGUCAGCUACGGCUCCUCGCUCAUCUAAGAUGCAGUUGGCAGGACCUUUCUUCCCCCUGGCUGAGCAGCCACCCGUGCUGAUGCCCAUAAGUGUGCCGCAGGAGCCCUCCAAGCUGCUACAGCCCAGCACGGCCCCUGCCCUGCCACAGGUGUCCUCAGCUGUCAGCGUGAUGAACGGCUCCCAGGUGCAUGUCCCUGGUACUAAGGCCCAGCUGCAUGCCAGCUUCAGCACCGCCACGCUCCUCACACACUUCAGUAGCAUGUUCGACAGCGGCCAGGUGGGCACCAACCAGGUGUGGGGCGCCUGCCACCUGCCGACUCGCAGCCUGCCUGAGCAGGCCUACAAUGCCCCGCCCGCCUACGUAGGGAACGUCAGCCAGCCGGAGAGUACGGCGCCCCUGCCUGAUGGCUCCAAGGCCCCUGGCUACCGCUCCGCCUCACAGAGGAUCGUCUCCAGUCCAAUAGCCGUCCAGUCGGUGGACCCCUUGGGACCCUCCUCUGUCUCCUCAUCCCCUGCAGCGCUGACCAGUUUCGCCGCAAGCAUAUCGGCCAGUCCUGUGUUCCUGCAGGGCCCCGCCCCCCUGUGCACGCCCUCCCUCAGCCGCCAGCACUUCUCCCCCCACCCAUGGAGUGCCUCCACCUCUUGCGAGUCCCCAGCACCCUCCGCUUCUUCAGGCACCUCCUCCCCGCUCUCGGCAUCCACGACCGUAGCCCCACUGGUGCAGGCCAAGCCCAAUAUCUCGAGCCAGCAGGACCGCAAGGUGCCCCCACCCAUUGGCACAGAGCGCCUGGCCCGCAUCCGUCAGACAGGCUCCAUCAACCCGACGCUGCUCACCACCAGCUACUCCGCGCCCGUCGGCCAAGGGGGCAUCUGGUCUUUUGGCGUUAGUAGUGCUUCCGAGGCCAUGUCAGGAUGGUCCCAGCCCAUGAUGAACAGCCACGUGCUGCAUCAGCAGCUGCCCGAGCCCUCAGCCUUCUCCCAGCACCAGCCCAUGGAGCAGGAUGAUACAGGCAUUGUGGCUCCCUCCAACACCUUCCACCCAGCCAUGUCCAGCAGCUUCAUGGACUUCCCCAAGGGAGUGUCGAUGUACGGGGGGACGAUGAUGUCUCCACACCCCCCCAUGGCCGAGGGCCUAGGGACCCCCAUUUUCAAUGGACUCCAUACUGCCGACCCUGCCUGGAAUCCCAUUCUUAAGGUCGUCCCCAACACCGCAGAGAACUCAGACCCCCAACAGGUCUGGCCUGGUACUUGGGCCCCGCACGUUGGAAAUGUACAUCUGAAUCACGUCAACUAGCAAACACAGCAGUCCAGGCACUCAACCAGUAAGAAGAUCCAUGGAUUUUUAAAGGAUGAGAAAAUCACAAUGCUAAAGAUGUUAACCAAGCAGUGUCCCAAAAGAAUAGAGGAUGGGGACACCAUUUUGAUGUGCCUAAUUCAGUGUGGGCUGUUACUUGUUUACCAGUCUGUGAACAAACCGAUUGCCUGUUCAACAGGACACGUCCUCUGCGUAGUAUAGCCAUUUUGACUUUAAAACCCUCAAACUGUUCUUGGUCUGCAGGGCUCAACAAGACUGUAAGCUAUUUAUACUCAGACAAGAACUAGAUGAUUACAUAAAAGAUAAAUGAAUCAGACCUUUUAGAUUGGUAAAUACAUGUAUAAUUGUUUACAUACUAAAAAGGGUUAAAAUGAGAGUAAAUUUCAUGUCGUAUAGUGGCUCUACUUUAUGUAGCCUGUAUUAAUGUGAAAUAUUUACCUUAAUAUUCAAUAAAAAGAUGGAACUGUA